AUGUCCGACUACGCAGCGCCUAAAAUGACUUCGAUCGACUUUACACACUACGAGCAGGUCUUUCAGCCUGAUCUCGAAUCGCCGUAUGCGCCAGACCUGAUACGCGAAAUCGAAUCUUACCGCAAGGGUUUUGGUGGCGUCCUAUUCAUCGACAAAGUGCUCAGCGCGUUGGCCAAAUCGUAUCCUCCAAGAGGCGAUAAUGCGCUGCGCGAGCUUCACCAGAAGGUUUGCCAGAGCAAGUCGGCGGCCCAACAAAAGCUGUCCGUCCUGUACUAUCUCCUCCUCGACUUUGACGAUAUACUCGGCGUGCGAUCCCGUCUUGCCGAAGAAUUUGCGGAAAAGAGCGGCGUGCCGGGCAAAUACCAGAUCUUUAUGAAGGGUUUAUGGCACAUGGAUCGGCAACAGUUUCCGAUCGCACUUGAAUACUUGGCGCAUCCUUCACUUGUUCCCGAGUUUGCCGACGAUAUCAUCACCAUCUUGGUGCGGCAUGCGCGCGACGAUGACUUUUCCUGGGCUCUUGCCUACUACCAGACGGUCAAUCCAGUUCUCAAGACCCCAGAGGCGCUAGAACUAUACUUUAUCGCCCUUGCGCGGACUAGCGUGACAGAGGCGCUUCUUUACUCGCGCACGCAUCCAGAGUCCGCAAGGCGUCUUUUAUUCGAGCAGCUCGUUGCAUCUGUUCAUGACGGGCCCAGCAGCGCCGGCUUGGCAGGGCCCGGGAGUAGGGAGCAAAGGGCCAGAACCCUUGCUAGCCUCCCCCUCGACCGCGACGAGGAGAGGUGGCUAGACGAGUACCUUACAGGACCCGAGGGACGACGGCUAAAGAAUGGAAGAGACACAUGGGUGAUGAGAAAGAUUGCGACGAAUCGCACAUCUGAACUCGGCGAUGAUAACCUCCGUGCCCACCUGGCGGCGUUUGGUCGACCUAGUGCAUUCUGA